GAUAUGUCUCUAUUUCCAGCACCCAAAAUGUAAAGCAGGAGGAUCAGAAAUUGGAUGUCAUCCUCAUCUCCAUAGCAAGUUUGAUGCUACUCUGGGCUACAUGGACUCCACCAACACCCAAAAAAAUCAAUACAGCAUGUAAGAAAAUAGGAUGAAACCCGAUGCAGAGGCUGUCCUUUAACUCACAUGGAUGAUCUUGAACUUCUGACCUCUGUCUUCACCUCCUGAAUGUUGUGCCACCAUGCUACGCUGGUGUGGCCUGGAACCAGGGUUUUAUGAACUCCAGCAGCCAGUCCACAACCUGCUCAUGGGUGACACAAAGGAGCAGCGCAUCCUUAACUAUGUGCAGCAGCAUGCCAAGCCUGGAGACCCCCAGAGCGUCAUGGAUGCCUUUGACACCUACUGCUCAGAGGAGAGGGCCAUGCAUGUGGGUGCAGUGAAAGGCGAAAUAUUGGAUGCAGUGAUUCGGGAGUACAAGCCCUUGCUGGUGCUGGAGCUGGGAGCUUACUGUGGCUACUCAGCUACGCGGAUAGCCCGCCUGCUGCCACCUGGAGGCCGGCUCCUCACCAUGGAGAUGAACCCCGACUAUGCUGCCAUCACCAGGCAGAUGCUGAGCCUGGCAGGCUUGCAGGACCAAGUCACCAUCCUCAUUGGGGCAUCCCAGGACCUCAUCCCGCAGCUGAAGACCAAGUAUGAUGUGGACACCUUAGACAUGGUCUUUCUUGAUCACUGGAAAGACCGCUACCUGCCAGACACACGUCUCCUGGAGGAAUGUGGCCUGUUGCGCAAGGGGACAGUUCUUCUAGCUGACAAUGUCAUCGUCCCGGGAGCCCCUGACUUCCUGGAAUAUGUGCGGGGGAGCACCAAGUUCGAGUGCACACACUACAGCUCAUACCUGGAGUACCGGGAGACAGUAGACGGCCUGGAGAAGGCCCUCUACAAGGGUCCAAGCAGCCCAUGAAGUCGUGACCACUCAGCCUACCCUGAGAUCCCCUUCCAGCUUCCUUCUGCCUGAUGACACACACUCAUGCUGACCCCACUGUGCUUCUGGAGCCUGUCCUCAAGUGCUAUGGCUCCAGGUUGUCAACACUGGCACACUCUACAGCUAGUGAGCUCACUCACCAUCCAAAACCACUGCAGCAGACCCGGGAAGCAGCUGUGAGAAAAGGCUGAACUGAGCUGGAGGUGCAAUGGUCACAGUGCCUGCCCCACAUGCAAGAGGCCUUGAGUUCAAUCCUACACACCAGAAAACCAAAGGGAAU